CUGAUGAAUCUCAAUCAUCAUUCACACAUGAAGAAUUACAACGUAGUCUUAUGCAACAUUUAUAUCACGAACAGACAAAUACAAUCUCCUCCUCUUCAUCCUCAUCAUCGAAACAUUCGCAAUCAAAAUCGAAUGAUACGUCAACAACAACCGCAACCAAUGUUAAUCUCCUUCAAUUAUGUUCUCCGCCACAUUCUUCGAAUUCUCCUCAUUCAUACAUGACGCGUUCGAAUGCUGCGGCAACAGCUCUGUGUUUUCGUAAUCCUCAUGCCGCUAUUCAUGGCAAUGGUGAACCAGUCGAUUAUCAUGUUUACGAAACAAUCCCUUCUGAAAAUACAAAUUAUGCGAUUUGUACUGCACAUAGUGCUUUUAAACCAGUACUACAAACGAACACUCAUACCAUUCGACCGUUCCUUCCCCGAACAAACAUUCUCUAUCAUCCUCCUAGUUCUUCAAAACAGUCUUAUGAUCUCACAUCGCCAACGACUUCUGCCGUUUUAAUGCCUAUUUGUUGCCAUCA